GCUCGCCGUGCCUGCUGGGAGCCCGCACUCAGGGGCGCGUCCCGGGGCCGUUGCGGUGCCGCCGGGGCGAUGCCGCGGGUCGCUGCGGCGCUGCUGUCGUUGCUGUCGCUGCUGUCGCCGCCGGUCCCCGCCGCGGCGCGCAGCCCCGAGCCCGCCGCCUGCCAGCUGCCCCCGAGCAGCCGCUUCGACUGCGGCCCCGAGCGGCUGCUGUCGCGGGAGGGCUGCGAGCGGCGGGGCUGCUGCUACGCGCCCGCCGGUCCCGGCCCGCCCUGGUGCUUCUUUCCCCGCGGGUACCGCAGCUACCGGGCCGAGAACGUGACGGCCACCGCCGGCGGCUGCACCGCCCAGCUCCGCCGCAUCGCCUCCAGCUUCCUACCGGGGGACGUGAGCAGCCUGCGGCUGGAUGUGGCUCUGGAGACCCCGACCCGCCUGCGCUUCACGCUGCGGGACGCGGCCCAGCAGCGCUACGAGGUGCCCCUGGCCACGCCACAAGUGAGCGGCCAAGCUGCCUUCCCGCUCUAUGCGGUGCUGGUCAACGAGGAACCCUUCGGCCUCGUCAUCUUCCGAAAGGGCAGCGGGCAGGUCCUGCUGAACACCACCGUUGCGCCGCUCUUCUUCGCAGACCAGUUCCUGCAGAUCUCCACCUCGUUGCCCUCCCGCUUCAUUUCGGGGCUGGGGGAGCACCUGACGCCGCUGGUCCUCGACACGGCAUGGACCAGGGUCACCCUCUGGAAUCGGGACAUGGCACCUGUGCCUCAGGCCAACCUCUACGGCUCCCACCCUUUCUACCUGGUGAUGGAGGACGGUGGUUCGGCCCACGGCGUCUUUCUGCUGAACAGUAAUGCGAUGGAUGUGCUCCUGCAGCCCAGCCCAGCCCUGACCUGGCGCACAACAGGUGGGAUCCUGGACUUCUAUGUCUUCCUGGGCCCCGACCCCAAGAGCGUGGUGCGGCAGUACCUGGAUGUCAUCGGGUUCCCCUUCAUGCCUCCGUACUGGGGCCUGGGCUUCCACCUCUGCCGCUGGGGCUACUCCUCCACCGACAUCACGCGGCAGGUCGUGAACAACAUGACAGCGGCCCUCUUCCCCCUGGAUGUGCAGUGGAACGACCUGGAUUACGCGGAUGCCAAGAGGGAUUUCACCUUCAACCAGAAAAACUUUAAGGACUACCCGGAGAUGGUGGAGUAUUUCCACCGCCGUGGGCUGAGGUACAUUAUGAUCGUGGAUCCCGGGAUCAGCAGCUCAGGGCCUCCCGGCACCUACAAGCCCUACGACGAUGGACUGAAGCGAGGGGUGUUUAUCCGAAAUGCCACGGGACAGCCCCUGAUCGGGAAAGUCUGGCCAGGCCCAACAGCCUUCCCAGACUUCACCAACCCAGAGACUCGUGAGUGGUGGCACGACAUGGUGAAGGAGUUCCACGACCAAGUGCCCUUUGAUGGCAUGUGGAUUGACAUGAACGAGCCGUCAAAUUUUGUGGAGGGCUCCCAGGAUGGCUGCCCCUACAACAGGCUGGAGCAGCCCCCCUAUGUGCCAGGUGUGUUUGGGGGUCGCCUCCAAGCCGGGACCAUCUGUGCCUCCAGCCAGCAGUACCUGUCCUCCCACUACAACCUGCACAGCCUGUAUGGGCUGACCGAGGCCAUCGCCUCCCACGAUGCACUGUUGAGGAUCCGGGGCAAACGCCCCUUCGUCAUCUCACGCUCCACCUUUGCUGGGCUCGGGCGCUACGCGGGGCACUGGACAGGGGAUGUCCACAGCAACUGGGAGCAGCUGUAUUACUCCAUACCAGAGGUGCUGCUCUUCAACCUCUUUGGGGUGCCGCUGGUGGGUGCUGACAUCUGCGGCUUCGCGGGUGAUACCUCCGAGGAGCUAUGCGUGCGCUGGACCCAGCUGGGUGCCUUCUACCCCUUCAUGAGGAAUCACAAUGACCACGGUGCCCGGCCGCAGGAGCCGUAUGCCUUCAGCCCAGCUGCCCAGGCUGCCAUGAGGAGCGCCCUCCGCCUCCGCUACUCCCUCCUGCCUUUCCUCUACACCCUCUUCCACCGGGCUCACUCCGCCGGGGAGACAGUGGCGCGGCCCCUCUUCCUUGAGUUCCCCAAGGACCCCAACACCUGGGCUCUGGACCGCCAGCUCAUGUGGGGCGGGGGGCUGCUGAUCACACCCGUCUUGGAGGCAGGAAAGACCAAAGUCAGCGGCUACUUCCCAGCAGGGACAUGGUACAGCCUCGCUCAGGACUCCACCAUCCACAGCAAAGGGCAGUGGAUCCUCUUGCCAGCUCCCCUGGACACCAUUAAUGUUCAUGUCCGCGCAGGAUACAUCCUGCCCCUUCAGGAGCCUGCCCUCAGCACUGCAGAGUCCCGCAAGAAGGGGAUGGGCUUGGUCGUGGCGCUGACGCCUGACGGCUUUGCCAGAGGAGACCUGUUCUGGGAUGACGGGGAGAGCUGGCAGAGCUUUGAGAGGGGUGACUACACCGAGAUCCUCUUCCUGGCUACGCACGGUGCCGUUCUCAGCCAGCUCCUGCGGGCGAGUGCCCACCUUGAUGGGGUCCUGCUAGAAGCCGUGACUAUCCUGGGUGUCACCAGCCCUCCCCAGCAAGUCGUGGCCAACGGUGCCCUCGUGAGCGAUUUCUCCUACCGCAGCGACACCCAGGUGAGUGCUCAGCCAAGGGGCUGGUGGGGUUUGGCCCCAGUGAUGGCACUGUUCCUGCUUUGUGGGCACCAAGGAGCAUCCAGGGCUGCCCAGCAUGGGCUGUCUUGUUGCCCUGGGGCUCAGGCAGGCUUAGGCCAUGCAAGGGGGCAAGGAUGGGGAGAUGGAGGACGGAAAGGAUGCGUGGUGAUGGAGCUGGAGCUCUGUGAGGAGCAAUGGCAUGACUCUGCUCGUGGGACUCUCUGCCAUGGAUCUGUGAGAUUGGAGCCAUGCUGGGCUGUAUCUCCAUGUGCACCCCAGAGGGGCAGGACCCCACCUCAGCUCUGACACCGCUGAUUCUCAUGGCGCUGACUCUUCCUUUUGCCCCUCAGGUGCUGCGAGUCCCCGUGUCACUGCCAAUGUGGGAGGAGUUUGUGAUCACCUGGUCCUGAGCCCACGCUGGACCUGUACCACUCAGCAAGCAGAAGUGAUGCUGCUUCCUCUGUCUCUGGGGUCGAAUCCGUCCUGUGUAAAACCAGAGCUGCUGCUGCUUUUCUUAUACGAUGCAGGUCCUGGGCUUUGGCUUCCCUUCUGGAUAACUGGAGUUGGUUGAAGGUGUGCGUACUGGAUAUGCAUUGGGGUGAGAGGGGCUU